AUGGACGAUCUUGUCAAGGGCGUCGUGUACGCGGCCGGCUUUGCCGCGACCGGGUGGAGCCUCAUGAAGUUCAUGCUCUCCGUUCCCUUGAAGGUCACUGAUGGCAGCCCCGACGAGCAGGCCAUGCACCUCGUUAUCAAGGUGCGGUCGCUCCCCGAGAUGGAGCUCUUCCUCCGCGAGGUCGCCGACCACACCGACCUCGUCGUGCGCGUGAAGGCCGACUCGGCGAUCCUGCACGACGACGAUCCGGCCAAGAACAACGGCGCGGCCUAUCUCCUCGUCGGCGCGGCCUCGGACGCUGUCUACGCGCGCUACGCCGAGGUCUGCGCGCUGCGCAAGACCAACGUCAAGGGCAAGUGGGUUCACUUUGAGCAGGCGCUUGCGACCGAGUUUGGUGCGACCGCGGACGGCGCCGUUGCCUUCUCGUCGGGCGAGAAGAUCGACUUGCUCCUCUUUGCGCUCGCGUCACUGGACGUCUUCCUCGGCGACGGCGAGACGCACGCGGUCUUCAAGAACGGCGACAAGCUCUUCCAGACGGCCCGCGACAAGGGUCUCAUUACGGCGGUCUUUCCCCUCCACGAUACCACCGAGCGCACGCACCUCAUGGAGUCGUGGGUCAAGCAGAAGAGCGCGUUCACGCGCGUGCCGGUCGCGCUUGUCCGCGACUACUGCGGCAACGAAGUUGGCUUCUACUUUGCGUUCCUUGGUCUCUACACGCGGUACUUGAUCUACCCGACGGUCGUCGGCCUCGCGGUCGCUCUCUACCAGGCCUUCUACGGCAUGUCCAACUUUGGGAGCGCCUUGUACGCGCUCUUUGUCGCGGCGUGGGCCGUGGCGUUCCUCGAGGGAUGGAAGCGCCGGCAGAGCGAGCUCGUCUGGAACUGGGGCGCCGCCGACUCGGAGAGCGUCGUGCUCGGUAGCGCCGAGAAGGUCCGCGAUGGCUUUGACGGCACGCUCCUGUACGACGACAUUGACGAGAGCUACUACAAGUCGUUUUCGUUUGGCCAGCGCCUCCGCCGGUACUUGGUGACGAUUCCGAUCCUUCUCUCGGCAAUCGCAGCCAUUACUGCGUUCAUGCUGGCGUACUUUCAGGCCGGGGAAUACAUUCGACACCACGUGACCGAGGAGAAUGGCUGGACGCACGGACUGCAGUACGUUGCGAAGCUUCCGUCAGCGUUCUACGCCGGCGCGGUCUUUUUGAUCGACCAGCACUACGGCGCGCUCGCUACGUGGCUCAACGGCUACGAGAACCACCGCACGGAAAUGGACUACACGAACGGUCUCAUUGCCAAGCUCGCGCUCUUUCAGUUUGUCAACAACUUUGGGCUGCUCUUCUACAUAACCUUUUUUGUCGGCGACUUUGAGCUGCUCCAGACGACGCUCGGGUCGCUUCUCGUCAUGCGCCUCUUGAUUGGCAACGUCACGGAAACGCUGGUGCCGUUCGUCAUGGCCGAGUCGACCGUCAAGGCCAAGGUCGGACUCAACGCGGAGAAGGACACGGCGGUCGCGGUCGUCAACAAGGUCGACGUCGAGGCGCUCUUGCCCGUGUACGAAGGCACGUUCAUGGACUACCUCGAGCUCUUUAUCCAAUUCGGGCACGUGACGCUCUUUGCGUCCGCGUACCCGCUCGCGAGUGCGUGCGCGCUCGCCAACAACCUCGUCGAGCAGCGCAGCGACGCGUUCAAGAUCCUCAUGAACCACCAGCGCAACCCGCGCUCGCCGCACAACGGCAUUGGCACGUGGCAAGUUGCGUUCACGAUCCUGAGCUACGUGGCCGUGCUCACCAACUGCACGAUCAUCGGCUUCAACUCGGGCGUCCUCCAGAGCAUCUACCCGACGAUCACGCCGUUCCAGACGCUUCUCGCGGUCGGAGUAGGCGAGCACAUCAUCUUUGCACUCAUGCUCGGCAUCCAAGCGGUCGUUCCCGACGUGCCGAGCGCGGUCGUUGAUGGCAUGAAGCGCGAAGCCGCCGCGGCGCGCAAGAAGCUGCAGAUCAAGGCCGAGUACAACCGUCGCGCGCGCCUUCUGCACAAGGACAGCAGCAUCUCGCGCUCGAUUGACGAGAACGAGCUCAGCGAGAUGGGCCAGGUCGCGGAGGUUGACGGGCUCACGACGAUCGCGUCCGACAAGUGGCGCGCGUGGGUCCUCGAGGAGAAGGUCCGCCGCCGCGUGCUCGAGAAGGAAGUGCAAAAGAUGACGGGUCUCUACACGCAGUGGAUCCAAGCCGAGCAGGCCAAGUCCAAGCAGCUCCAAGCCGACUUGGAGGCGCUCCGUGAAAAGAAGACCGAGUAA